ACACUUACCUUCUUCUUGAGAACCAUGCAAAACCAGAGCUUUGUCCAUGAGUUCAUACUCUUGGGACUUUCCCAGAACCCAAAAGUUGAGAAAAUUCUAUUUGUUGUAUUUUUAUUGGUCUAUAUUGCAACUAUUGGAGGCAACAUGAUAAUUGUGGUGACCAUCAUCUACAGCCCUGCACUGCUGAGAUCCCCCAUGUACUUCUUCUUGAUAUUUCUGUCUUUCCUGGAUGCGUGCACUUCCUCUACUGUCACCCCCAAGAUGAUUGUAGACUUCUUCUAUGAGAGGAAGACCAUCUCCUUUGAAUGUUGCAUGACACAACUGUUUACUAGCCAUUUCUUUGCAGGAGUUGAGGUGAUUAUCUUGACAUCUAUGGCCUAUGACCGCUAUGUGGCCAUCUGCAAGCCCCUUCACUACUCCUCCAUCAUGACCAGGAGGCUCUGUGGCACUCUCGUAAUGGUGGCUUGGACAGGAGGAUUCUUACAUUCUAUCACACAAGUUAUCUUCACCUUGCAGCUACCUUUCUGUGGACCCAAUUUUAUUGAUCAUUUCAUAUGUGACUUGUUCCCAUUACUGCAGCUUGCCUGCACUGAUACACACAUUUUUGUCAUUUUGGUGUUUGCUAACAGUGGGUCUUUCUGCAUCAUUAUCUUUUCCUUGUUGAUUGUUUCCUAUGGUGUCAUCCUCUUUUCUCUAAGAGGUCACAGCUCAGAAGGACGAAGGAAAGCUCUCUCAACCUGUGGAUCCCAUAUUACUGUUAUGAUAUUGUUCUUUGUCCCAUGCAUGCUAAUAUACGCACGGCCUUCAUCUGCCUUUUCCUUUGAGAAAAACACACUUAUAUUUGCCUCUGUCCUGACACCACUGUUCAAUCCUAUGGUUUAUACUUUCAGAAAUAAAGAAAUGAAGAAUUCAAUUAGGAAAAUGUGUAGGAAACUGUUAGUAGGUUCUGAUAACUUUUAA